GGAAUGCGACAGCUAUACAUACGUACGGAGCUCAGCGCCAAGCUCCUGGCAUCCCCCGACUUCUAUUCCCGCCGGGAGACUCAUCCUAGCCAUGAGGCUGCUCUCCUGAUCGAAGCUCUCUAAGGAAAAACGGGAGAGCAUGUGUUGCGCUCAUCUCCCACCAUGAGUCUCGUUCUUUCAGCCCCGAAGAUUGUCCUUCUCGCCGCGCACCUCGCCGCCAAAGCGGAUCUCGACAGCCUGUCCUUCGUCGCAGCGCAACAUGGAUCCGUGUUGCGAAAGGAACUGCUCCUGCGCAUUUUGCUCACAUACCUUCCCGAGACCCUGAAGUCCGAGGAGUACGUCUCGUUCAUCGACGAGGUCGAAAAGGAGGAACACGUCACACAUGAGCAUUGGGACGUGGACACAUCGCCCGUGGAACACCUUAGCGAGGAGGAAGCAGUCAAGAAGGUCCGCAAGCUGCACCUGCAGAAAUUGUCAUGGCCACAAGCACCGGACGAGGCUGGGGAUGACCCACUCACUUUAUUCUUGCUGCGCCGGGCGCACAACGUGGACGAGGAGGCUGGGCUCCUAUCCCAAUUACCUGACUUGCUAGUGCCUUUCCUAGACCACUCGCCUUGCAUCCGAACCUGGACGAUAUCGGUACUGCUGCCUCUGCUUAGAAGAAACCACGAAUACUACCCCGAAAACAGCAUCUCGGUGACACUCUCUGCGUUUGAGCAUCUGGGCGACCGCGCGGCUGUCGACUUGCUCCUGUCACAGACCGGUCAGCGGGACGAGGACCAUCGUUACAUUGCUCGGGAUCUCCGAGGUCUGCUGGGGCCGUGGCUUUAUAGUGAAAGGAGGUGGAUUACCAAGAGCGCGGUCGAAGCAGAAGCAGAGGACGCCGACGAGGAUGGACUCAUAUGCCCUGGCUGGGAACAGAUGCUAGUGUGGCUCACUGCGCAUGCAUCAAGCACCUGGAGGGUCGCGGUCGAAGCAAUAGAUCACUGGCACUCCCCAGAGGACGCCGACCUGGGUGGAUAUGGAAAGAUGUGGCUAAAUGAGGACAAGCAACAGUACCUGGAGCGCAGAUAUGCUCGCGCUGCUAUGGCCUCGGCAUACCUUAUUUCAGAAGCAACAACGGAGGCGCUUACGGGCGCAUACACCAUUGUUGCCGAGGUUGCAAAACUUCUAGACGACCCGCUGCCGCCAUUACAGACUGCGGCCUCCAACCUGACCCCAGUCCCGGACCUUGGUAGCACGAAUAUCAUGUUCGCAAAGAAUGUCACUCACCUUCGAAAUAAUCUCCUCGACGAAAGCAACGUCCUCACAAAACCAUCCAAGCUAGCCACGACCCUCUUAUCCGCGCUGGUCGUCAGUGCUUUCCUUGCGACUCGCGCCGGGCUGCCUUGCACUCUCAGAAGGGCUGGCGAACUAGCUCUACUACAGGACGAGCGUGAACAGAAGACGGAGGCUCUGAAACUGAUUCAUGCCAUCAGUGAGAAUGGUCCGAACUCGGACGAUAGAUUCUGGCUCAGAGCCAGGAAUGAGAUUCUCUGGCUGAGAGACUGGGGCGCAGAAGAAGACUCGGUUCCGGGGGAAGACCAGCACUGUUCCGGGAUAUUCGGACGCGUCAGUCGUGAAUUCCUGGAAGUUGAGAUCUUAAAGGCCCUCUUGGCGCAUACUCGAUAUUCGCUGGCACAAUCUCUCUACGAGGACUCGACAGAACAGCCCCUCUCAAAAAAGGUGCUACAGGAUACGAUAUACGCCGCUGCUAUGAGUGCCUAUGACAAUGCAUCUAACCCCAACCGCACGAGGGGAGGCGUGAAGAAGUGUGACGACAUAUUGCACGCAUUCCCCAAGAGCAUAGAACGGUCUUUUGUGGCGACUCAGCGGAUCGAAGCCCUCCUCAAGGCGACCCAUGCUUUAAGUGACUAUCGGCUCGUGCUAAAGCAGGGAGAGCCAUUUACACCGGUUGUCCUACGUGUUCAUCAGGAUCCUAUCUCAAUAAUCGGAAAGGUUCUGGAACAAAAUCCGAAGAGCUAUACCAACAUCCAAGACCUUGUCGAGGUGGGCCGUAACAUGGUGGUUGCAGGCCUGACUGUUCGUGACAAGUCAGGUCAUUGCGCACUCACCCCUGAAAUGGAGCCGCAAGAGAUACUGCACGCUGAGAGGCGCAUCACAGCGAUGUGCAUUGAUUCAGCCUUGACGGAGGACGACUUCGAAACUGCGUAUUCCUACGUCGUCAACCGCGUGGCAGCCCUGGGCAAACCGCCACAACACUUGAGUCACAAGCCCAGCAACGGCUCUCUUGUGAGCAAGGCUGCUUCGGCUUCGGCUCAACGGGAUGACUGGUCCUGGAGGGCGGCACUACAAGCUGGCAAAUAUCGCCGCACUUCGCGAACCGUCCGUCCCACUCAUCUGGGCACCGCGAGCGGCAACCCCGACAUCCGACACCUGGAGCAGAGGAUCGAGUGCCUGGCUACCGCUCUCCGGGUUGCCCCUUCCGCAACGUUAUCAGAGAUCCUCAACACAUACCGCCGCACUGAGGAGGAACUGAAUGUGGCCAUAAGUGCCGAGCAGGAGCAGGAGAAUGCUUGGGAUGAGGCCGCGGACAUGCACACCAUGCCCGGCGGGUUUAAUGCGCCCGCUCGCAGAGUCACAGCCCCGGCCAGGCAGCCGGCGUCGGCCUCGACGCGCCACACUUCCGAGGAGGCGCCGAUGUCGCUCUUUGAUUUGUCCAGGGCCAGCAUGCGCUCCGCACAGCGCAACCUCACGGCAUUGUCGAAUUUCAACACCACGGCGCAGGGCAGGAAUUUCGAGGCGUCGGCGUCUGGUGAUGAGUCGGCGGAGCAGCAGCAACAGAGGGCUAGGAAGAGGGACCAGCUCAGGGAUGCAGCCGUGGGUGGUCUGACGGCAGGAGUUGGGUGGUUGAUAGGGGCUCAGCCAGCUCCCCGCGGUCCUGAGAGAGAGUGAUAGGUCCCUUACGGGGCGAAAUCGUGAGACGGGGCGGUGGGGGUACAGAAAAAUGAUACCAGUUUCUAUUUGGCAACGCAGUCGUGACGUGGGACUGUCUGCCUGCUUAGAUAGGUACUUACUUUGCCUUGGGUAUCCUAAAUGCCUACACGGAAUGCGCUUCGCAGAAAGGAUGGCCCAAUUUUCCCGUUCUUCACGAAAAGGUGCACAGUCAGGCACGCACGGUAUUGACAUCAAG